UGUCUGUUUGCAAGAUGACUAAUGUUGAUUGUGCAUUUAUCGAGAGAGUUACCGGUUUGUAUUUGGUAACCUUACUACAGGGGGAAAAUGUCCUCACUGACACUCUUCCAAGCGAGGUCCUUUUUAUUCCUGUCUCCUCUAUAGAAAUAAGAACUUGUGUCGUAUAGCUCCGGGUGACUGCUUACGGACAAUAUCAAACGUUCCUUCAGGUUGAAUGGGUGACUUCGGGCGGGGCGGCCGCCACAGCAGCAAGCAGGCUCCUGAUUGGUUAACGUUGCGCGAAAUUCCGCCAAAGUUCAAAUUUUUCAACUCGGGCGUAAGCCGCCAAUUCACGUCAAACGUAAAAUGGACAAAAACCACCAUUCGCGUGUAUCGCACGUACCACGCCAGGCGCUCAAUUCGCGCAAACUAUCCGCGAAUGAGGCGGAAUUGCAUCUUCCGUGCCACGCCAAACGCCUCAUCCACGCCGCAAGACCUCCAGACGCGCGUCAACACGUCUUCACAUUGACUUAUCAUUGAAAUCACUCGUGCUUCACGCCUCUACCGCGACUGGUGUAAACGCAGCAUAAGACACAAUUUUGGUUUGACGUCUAAUGCAAUGUUGUUUGGUCACAAGCAACUUUGCGACCGUCAGCGUUUACCACAGAAGUGAAAACAACAAAACACGGACCGUGGAUAUGAAUGACGUGGAUUGUUUACAAAUAGGUAACUUCCGCUUUCUCACCGAAUUUACCGGUAUUUUGAUACUGAUGUGUGAAUAAUGUCUUACUGGUAAAAAGAUGGAACGUCACUUCGUGUGUGAACAGCACAUUUUUGUAUUUACUGGUAAAUUCAUUCUGGUAAAUUCAUGGUACUUUACUGGAAUUACUGUGUGAAAGAGGCUAUUGACAGGGAAAUGUUGAAGAUAACUCUUUAAUGGCGGCGAUAGAGAUAAGACAAGACGUUCAAAUGUCACAAACACACCUUUGGUUUAAUAAUUUGUAAAUAUAAUGUCAUAGAUGAUAUUAAAAGACGAAUUUAAAUUCAUAGAGGAAAUCAUAGAUAAAUUUAAAUAAAUUAUAUUUAAUUAUUGUGUAUUAUUAAACUACCUGUCUAAAUGAUUUGCAGCAUCCGGGUUACCGUGUGUUAUUAGUGUUAUUAGCGGUUGUUAUCUGGGAAUAACAAAUCUGCAAAUAUCGUGACUGGCCAAUCAGAAUCAAUCAUUCCAACAAGCUGUGUAAUAAAUAAAAGUAAGGUUUCAUUGAUCAGUUAUGCUGGAUAGCCUUAAAGGAUUAGUCCAUUUUCUUAAAAAAAAUCCAGAUAAUUUACUCAUCACCAUGUCAUCCAAAAUGUUGAUGUCUUUCUUUGUUCAGUCGAGAAGAAAUUAUGUUUUUUGAGGAAAACAUUCCAGGAUUUUUAUAAUUUUAAUGGACUAUAAUAGAACCCAACACUUAAUACUUAACUCAACAGAGUUUCAAAGGACUUUAGACAAAAAAACUGUUAAGUGUUGAGUUAAGUAUUGGGUUCUAUUAAAGUCCAUUAAAGGCAUUCCAUGCAGUAUGACGUUUUUGUCAAACAGCGACCCCUAGAGUCACUGGGGAAAACUUGCAACUGUCGUAAUUUCGCACCCCCACUCUGUACGUACCUGUAAGGAUAGUGUUGGGCGUGAAUAUGCAGAGAUGGACUCCGAAGAUAAUGACGGUUCCUAACUCGGUCAGAUUCUCUUUUUCGCUUUCUACUCUCUUCCGAACGGGUUUUCUUAGCUGUUUCCCUCAUCAAGCAUCACGUCUCAAAUGUGCCCGUGCAGAUGUUGUUAUAGGCUUGUUUGACUUCAUGCAGCGCUGCAGGAACCGACAGCCGGAUGACGUCAAAGUGCCGUCUCGGAUCAUUCUCGCUGUACUUUUACGUCAUCCGACUGCCGGUUCUUGCAGCGCUGAACAAAGUCGAACAAGCCUAACGUGUGUGACGUCGUUGCCGUAAAGCAAGUCGUGAUUCUCGCGAGAUUUGUCAGGGGCGGUUCUCUCAAGCUUGCAUUGGUGGUUUUGCUAGCGGCGUCCUCCCCGAGCUUCAACAGGAGGAUGAUUCGCCAUACUAUGACUUCGUUUACCAUCGAAAUGACUUUGAAGCUGUUAUAUUAAAGGGGCAGUUUGUAAGAAUUUAUGUGCUUUAUUAAUGAAAAUCAAUGUCUUUAUUCAUAAAUAUGUCGUCAUUGGUGUCAAAUGACCUCUGCCGAUGAUCUGACUUUCCUUUGUAAGCUUAGAAUUUCUUCUAUUUACUUACAUUGGACGGGUAAGCUCAAGUAGGCUUCCAUGUCGUUACGCCAUAUUUAAAAACUACGAUUAGCAGAGCGGGACACAAAGCACUAGCCUACAGCAACGCGUUUCCACAACGCGUUUUCUUUCAGAGCCAGCAUCACCACGUGAUCCAGCUGAAACGGACGGCGAGGCGCAUGCGCCGCUUUGCACAGCACGGUUACGAACAACACAUCACAAUGGAUGAUCAUACUUACGCCGAGGCAAAGAGUAAGGAAUUAUCCGAGCCAACCAAAAAGGAAUUAAAAAGGAAACGUGACAGGCGAAUUCAAAAAAGUAGAGUAAAUAUCGGGAUAGCUUUUAGCAGGUGGAAAGAGCUGAUGAAGGCGAAAGAAUUCCAAAGGGAUGCUGAAGUUGCCUGCUUUCUUCUCGACAGUUAUGAGAGUACUCUUUUGAUUGGGAACACAUCAACCCCCAUGAAGUCAAAACAUUUUCAAGUACCUACUGCUCCAGCAUUAUCAAGCAUUUCCAGUGGAACAGAUAGGGAUGAACAUCUGAGUGCAAUAGUAGACGCACCGGAAAUUGGAACCCUUGAGCAGAGCAUGCAUGACAUGAGCAUUGAUGAGGAGGAGUUGAACGAAAAUGCAUUCAAUGACCCCAUGAACAGUGUGAUUGAUUGGGCAGAAGAGGGGCCCUCAUGUCAUGGUGACCGGGAUGAUAGCUCUGAUGAUGAAUAUCUUCCGCCAAUUUCUUUGCGAAUGGGUGGUGCAUUGAAGGGAGCAGAGGUAAUUGAAAAUCUCCCAACUAUCGGGAUUGAUGAGACUGUGCACGACCUGACUGCGCCCGACCAGACUGCCCCUUCGUAUGAGCCCAUGAGUCUUGAGCUGCCAAUUUUGCCAGGCCCUCAGAAGGUCCUCAGUGAUGAUGACAUCGUUGGCGUCAGAGCAGCAUUGCUCUAUGAGAACUGUUUGAGGCAGCUUGUCACAUUUUUAACUCUGCCUGUGAACAGAUGCACUGGUGUCUUGAGGACUGGUUUGGUGUGUGACAGUGUUGGCCCUUUUUCAACAAACAUCACCUUCAGGGGCACUGCAAUGAUCGUUGAAUGGGGCUGCCCCAACGGACAUUGCCUGUGGCGGUGGAAUUCCCAGCCUGUGAUGAAGUUUGGCAUGCAGGCUGGGGACUUUCUUCUUUCCACAAACAUUUUACUUUCCGGAAACAACUAUGCUAAAGUUGCUCUCCUCUUCAAAUUCAUGAACAUGCGAAUGGUCAACCGUUCCACACACUUCACCAUCCAGGACACGUACUGUAUUGACCCUAUUAAAGAAUUCUGGGAAGAGAAGAGGUCUGAGGCCAUUAGCCGACUUCAAGGGAAAGAAGUUGUGCUUCUAGGUGAUGGCAGAAAUGACUCACCAGGACAUUCUGCACAAUACUGCAGUUACACGACCAUGGAGCUUGACUCUAAGGAAAUUGUGCAUGUGGCCACUAUAGACAAGCGGCAGACCAACUGGAACUCCAAUAUAAUGGAGAAGCAAGGUUUUAUACAGACAGUGGACAAGCUUACCCAAGAGAUAAAGGUCGUGGAGUUCUGCACGGAUGCUCAUGUCCAGAUUGCAGCCCUCUUGAACCCAGACAAAGGCAGAUAUAAGGAUCUGAGAAUUCACCACAGCCUGGACAUGUGGCAUGGUGCAAAAAGUCUUGCCAAAAAGAUCUCUACUGCUGCAAAGAUGAAAGGACAGGCUGUUCUCCUUCACUGGCUGAGGGAUAUAGUGAACCAUUUCUGGUGGUGUUGUAAGACAGCAGAGACAUUUCAGGAAUUUCUUGGACUUUGGAUUGGAGUUCUACAUCAUGUUUGCAACAAUCACACCUGGGAAACGGGGAGCUGCCAACACGAUCACCUUGAAGACAUUCAGGGUAAAGAGUGGAUUGAAAGAGAUUCCAAGAGUCACAAAGCACUAGUGGAUAUCGUCCUCAACAAGCGCUGGCAGAAGGAUGUCCACAAGUAUCUGCGCUUCAGAUCAACAGCACAUCUGGAGUCAUUUCAGAAUCACAUUCUGAUGUAUGCCAGCAAGCGCCAGGCCUUCACUCCCCGAGUGUAUGAUGCAAGAGUUGUGCUCGCAGCUCUGGACUACAAUUUUCAUCGUGAACGUCCAGCAUACAGGACGGCUGAGGGCCAACAACUUUUUAAGAAGAAGUACAACAAAAAUGCAAGAAGAUACAGCCUUUACACUGUAAAGUGUGAAAAAUCAUAUGCUUACAUCCCUGAGUUGCAAGCACGCAUCUUAAAAGGGAGAUUCACAAGUGGAGUUGGGAUGCCACGAAAGAGGACUCUAUGCCCCGAUGAUCCAAGGCGGCUUGGUGUUGUGCCCCCGAUACUUCCACCACCGACAUCAGAGUUGUUGCGUACACACGUCAGCAGAGGUUUAGGAUCAGCCUUUCAUGCUACUACCAACUUGGAGGCAGAUUAAGCUGUUGUUUUGUUGGUAUUCGAGUUAUUAGCACAUGUCCAAAAAAAUUGUAAAUAUUAAUAAAUCUACAACAUUUAUUUCAAUCUUUUUGUGUAUCAAUUUUGUUAUUGCAAUCUAAUUUUGAUAAUUUUAUCUAUCUCUAGUUUAUGAAAAAUACAGCACUGAGUCAAAUAAAAAAC